AUGGAUAUUCAAAUCCCUGCAUCGGCUGCUCCAAUUACCACAAAAAAUUUUGGCAAUGAACAAACUCGUCGCUCCGUCUCGUACCAUCCUAGUGUUUGGGGAGACUAUUUCCUUGCAUAUACUUCUAAUGAGAUAUAUGGGCAAGAGGAGCAAGAACGUCAAAGACUAAAAGAAGAAGUAAAAAGUCUACUAGAAGCCAUGCCAGAUGAUUCGCUGCAUAAAUUAGACCUCAUUGAUGCAAUUCAACGUCUUGGCGUCGGUUACCAUUUCGAAACUGAAAUUGAGAAAUCUCUAAAACACAUAUAUGAUACUUGCCAUGAAAACUAUGAUAAACAAGAUAGUGACCUUUGUACCAUUGCACUUCGAUUUCGAUUACUUAGACAACAGGGAUACUACAUCUCAUGUGGUAAGUAA